CGCUCAUGUAGGCGGCGACGGUGGCGGCGAGCGGUGGCGUCAGCUCCUGGAAGGGGGGGGAAGGGUUGACUGCUUUUGUGGGGUGGCGGCAGCGGCGGUGGCGCCUUCCCGUUUGGCCAGUACCGUUUCUAUUGCUGGAGCCGGACUGGUUGUGACUGAACGAGGGUCGGGAGAGGGGGUCGCUGCCUUCUCCGGUACAUCGAAGUGAGGAGAAGCCGCAGCCCGGACUCUUUAUUUUUCCCCCUUCCUCCGCCCCCUCACCGCACGCCCGAAGCGGCGGCGACUUCAUCUCACCUCAACCUCCCCUCCCCCCUCCCCCGCCCCCUAGCCCUGCGACGUCCGGCUUGCGCCCCAAUUCUUUCCUCACCCCGCCCGAUCGCUCGCUCACUACGCCGCCGCUGCUGCCGCCGCCGCCAUGUCGGCGCAGGCCCAGAUGCGUGCUAUGCUGGACCAGCUGAUGGGCACUUCUCGGGACGGUUCAAUGUAUCUAUGCCUGCCUACUUCAAUCUGCAAGGGAGUAUCAGAAAGGCCCCGCAAUCGCCGAGCCGAGACACUACCCGCCAACGAAUCAAAUUCAGUGAUGACAGAGUGUGCAAGAGUCAUCUUCUCAACUGCUGUCCUCAUGAUGUUCUCUCUGGAACUAGGAUGGAUCUUGGAGAAUGUCUGAAGGUUCAUGACCUGGCUUUAAGAGCAGAUUAUGAAAUUGCGUCCAAAGAACAAGACUUUUUUUUUGAGCUUGAUGCAAUGGAUCAUCUGCAGUCUUUCAUUGCAGACUGUGACCGGAGAACAGAAGUGGCCAAGAAAAGAUUAGCAGAAACUCAGGAAGAAAUUAGUGCUGAAGUGGCAGCUAAAGCAGAACGUGUUCAUGAGUUGAAUGAGGAAAUUGGUAAAUUAUUAGCUAAAGUGGAACAACUAGGAGCUGAAGGUAAUGUGGAGGAGUCUCAGAAAGUAAUGGAUGAAGUGGAGAAAGCCCGAGCAAAAAAAAGAGAGGCAGAGGAAGUCUACCGGAAUUCUAUGCCAGCCUCCAGCUUCCAGCAACAGAAACUUCGGGUCUGUGAAGUAUGCUCUGCUUAUUUGGGUCUUCAUGACAAUGACAGACGACUAGCUGAUCAUUUUGGGGGUAAACUACACCUGGGAUUUAUUGAAAUAAGAGAGAAACUUGAAGAGUUAAAGAGAGUUGUAGCUGAGAAGCAAGAGAAAAGAAAUCAGGAACGCCUGAAGCGUAGAGAAGAAAGAGAGAGAGAAGAAAGGGAGAAAUUGAGAAGGUCCCGAUCACAUAGCAAGAAUCCUAAAAGAUCCAGGUCCCGAGAGCAUCGUAGACAUCGAUCUCGUUCUACUUCACGAGAACGAAAGAGAAGAACCAGAUCCAAGUCCCGUGAGAAACGCCAUCGUCACAGAUCACGCUCUAGCAGCCGUAGCCGCAGUCGUAGCCACCAGAGAAGCCGGCAUAGCUCCAGAGACCGGAGCAGAGAGCGAUCCAAAAGAAGAUCCUCCAAAGAAAGGUCUUCUGGAGAUAAAGAGCGGUCAUUAAGAGACCAAGAUCUAGCAUCACGUGACAAAGAUAGGAGUUCCAGAGAGAGGUCUCCUCGCGACAGAGAGAGGAAAGAUAAGAAACGUUCUUAUGAGAGUGCUAAUGGCCGAUCAGAAGACCGGAGGAGCUCAGAAGAGCGUGAAGCCGGGGAGAUCUAACAGGCUGUACAUUUCCUCAAUCCUUAAGCUUCCUAUGGAGUUACAUACAAUUGUUUAGUUUACAGCUGUUCAAGGCAACCCAGCAGUUCCAGACACCGAUCCAACUAGGCUAGAUGUACAAGUAUCUAAAGUUUGGCUUUAACUCAAUCUGAACUGAAUGUCUUUUCCUGGAUGAAGUCUAAAAUUGCAUCCAUAGUUUCUGAUGAACCCUAAUUCAAUUCUGAAAGGUUAUUCUGUUCACAAGUGCAGUUUUAUGUAGUAAAUUGCAGAUCUCAAUGUUUUAUUUUCAGUAGAAGUUAGAGUGAACAAAUUGUGUUACUUGCCUUGGGCUUUCUUGAACAUUUGUAAAAUUCUUUUUUUCUAGUCAGCAGCAGCUUUGGGAGUCUUAUUUUGAUUUCUUCCUCUAUCCUUCUGUUCUACCCUCCCACCUGCCACCCCAAAUUGCAAAGUGGGGCAGGAACUGGAGAGGCCAUAUAACUUGGGUUAGAAAUUUCUUUUCCCACUGAUUAAUUGCUAGUUGGUUGCAUUUGUUGCUAGAGUGUGUGUUCUGGAGAAAAUGGAAAUGUUUGGUUUUUUUUCUCCCCCCCCUUUUUUUAAACAGUGCCUAUUUAGAUUUGGAAGUUGAACAGCUGUUGCAUUACACCUUUUGCAUUUUUAUUGAAAUUUUGAAAUCAAACCUUGUCUUGAUUUUUCUGUUACCAUUGAAUUGCUAUGUUUAGGUUGUUGGGGGGAGGGGGGAAUCUUCCUUAAGCACUUCUUGUGUUUGUUUUUUUUUCCUUGUGGAGUGUAAAGGCUACACCUCUUAAUUGUUUAAAAAAAAAAAAAGAUAAUAAAAUGAAAGCAGCAGUCAUCACCACCACUACCACCACCACCAUCACCAUUAAACAAACCUGCAUUGUUAA